AGUGAUAAAUCUGCAUCAUAUUUAUGGAAAAUUUCACCCUGUACCUGGUGCUCAAAGCAACCUAGCAGGUUGAGAGUAGAAUUUGAAGAACUAUUGUAAGAUUUUGUGUAAUAAAAACUUAUGUGAGAAUUUUGUUUUUUCCAAGUUUUUCAAUGCAUCAUUAACCUGCGUAUAUAAUGAAAAAUUGAACUUAAAAAUUCAAAUACCGUAGGCCUACUACUGAACUUUUGAUAUGAAAUUGAUAUUUACUAACUACAUAAAAAUAAUACGAAAUUGGAAUAUACAAACUACAUAAGAAUCUUAGAGCUGCGUUUACAUCAAAAUGGUCAAUUAUUCACAAAUAGUUUUCUACAAAAUGUUGCUAAUCUUCUUGUAUAAAACAAAAUACUCAAAUGUAGAGCAACAAGAGUUGUCAAUUUUGAGAGUUCGUACUGUAGUUGGAGUGGCCUAGUGGGGGAACCGGGGAAGAUCUUGUUGGCAACUUGAGUGGGAAACAAAACUUUUGUUGAAAACAAGGAUUUUCACAAGUUGACAAAAAUUUUCAGAGAUUUCAAAAAAAUUGUCGCAAUUCAGUUGUAAUAAAGCUUAGAUUACAACUGUAUAGUGUAAAUGAAGCUUUAAAUGAUCAAUGGAAUAUUGUUUCCCCCAGAUUUAUCAAAAUUCACAUUCAGCCUAUAUCGAAUACUAGGAAAAAACUUUUGAAUUAGAAACUUUGAGAAUUUUUUGUUUAUUGCAAACCCAUUAAAGCUCAAAUCACACAGGAGGCGCGCCGCCUUUCUCAAAUUAAUAUUAGCAUUAUUACAGGCAAGCACGCUUCCGGUAUAGUCUAACUCGUCACUUACACCCCCAUUUGCACAAUAGUCUGUUAACUUCUAAUCCCGAUUAAAUCCACCAGAGCCAAUCAGAGAAGCCUUCUUUUCAAAAUAGCCUUUUCUGAUUGGUUCUCGUGGAAUUUAAUUAUGAUUAAAAUUCAACAGGCGUUGUGCAACCGGGCCCUUGAUGCUGAAUAUUCAACCAGAUGAUUUUUAAUUUGGAAGGUGCAGUGCGUUUUCUGUGUGCUUUAAGUUUAGGAAAGAACUAAUAAUAUUAUUUCUCAACAAGUCUACAGAUAGAGAUAAAUGAGAGACUGCAUCAAGUCCUAAUAAUUAAUUUAAUGACUUGGAUUUUAGUUCAAUAAUUUUUAAAUUUUCAACCAAUUACAAAAAGAUGGAACGGAAUACAUUAUUAUUGAAUUUGGUGAUCAGUUAGGAGUAAGGAGAAAACAUACGCUGUGUUUCUAUGAUUGUUUUUUUAAUCAGCAAUAUGAUUUACUAUCCAUAUGUAAUGUGGUAGGAUGUGGUAGUUCUCAAGAAAUGAAAAGUGAAUAAAGUCAAGUAUAAAAAACAAAUAGCAGCACAAUGAAAAUAAAUUAACGUAUGUACUAUUUAAUAAUAAUUUUUAUGACUAGUUCACCACAUUAAAAGCUGAUUAUUUUACAUAUAAAAUAGACGGAAUUUUGCAGAGAAAAUCGAGAAAAGUGUAAACAAUUUUUAUUUUAUUGUUUCAAAUUGAGUAUUUUAAAUUCAUCAUCUUCAAGAAAUGUUGCGGGGAUCAAUAAUUAUUUUAGUAGUUGGUUUUCAUCCAUCCUUCUGAUUUACAAUUGGCCACAUAAAUCGUAUUUAUGUGAGUUACUGGUGACAGUCAAUAUUGAUAUGCAGUAUGGCAACUGAAUUUAUUCUUGUCGGUUUUCUAAAUCUCUAUUGACAAAAAAUUGAUUCCAAGGAUUUGAGUUGAAAUGUUUCUCAUCUCAGAAUCUUCUAGAAUUCUUAUUGUUGUUUCACUCCUGCAUUUUGUGCUCACUGGUUCCCUUUGUGAAUUCAUACAUGAAACAAAUUUCGCUGUAGAUAAAAACUUCAAAUUGUCCAAUGAAGUUCUUGACGAUAACUACUUGUCGAAGCAUGAUGGAGAAGGACGUUCCACAUUUACAAACUCUCUAGAUAGUGUCGAAGAUUUAGAGAGAGCCCUAUCAUAUUCUGAGCUUAUGAAAGAUUUGAACGAAGAUGAUGAAAUUAAUGACUACCUGGAAGUCUCAUCGAGGAAUAAGCGAGAAAAUACAUUAGUGAAAAAACGAAGACAUUAUGAUGAAGACAUUGAUGGUAGUGAGUCAGCGUUGUACAAGAGAGGUGGUGAUAAUGCAGUGCUUGGGAAUUCCAAUGAUGAAUUCGGUCAUGAUGGGAAAAAGAGUUCUCGGAGGCAUGCAAUGGCAGUGAAUGCUGGGGGUGUACAAAGGCCGAUGAUGAAGUCUGGUGAUGAGUCACCAAACCGAAUGGUCCACCAUAACCAUGGAGGUCCUAUAAAACAUACACCAAAUUUCAAACACAAUUCAAACUGGGAAUCGUCAUCGGGAAACGUCAUGAAACAGACGGAAUCUUCUUUGUUUGGUACAAGCAAUAGAGAUGUGCAGUCUUGUCACCCCGCUACAAGCCGGCCCAAAGUGACAACACACCCGCAACCAACCGACAACAACGAUAAGCACAGUAAGGAAUAUGAGGACAUGUUGAAGGGAAAAGUGGCUGAACGUCUUGUGGCUGUGAUUCAAGCAAAAGUUUGCAAAUCACCAAAACUUGCCCAAUUUUUCGGAAACUGUCAGGGAGGGACCCCAGCUAAAGACAACGGAUGGGAAGCAGAGUGCAAUCCUCUUUUUAAACCCGAAACAGUGAAGGAGAUAAUGACACAAAUGGAGAAUAUUAACACUUCGGAGACUUGUCACAAACUUCCCCCAAAGCUCUACGAGUUUCUUGAGUGGUUGAUCAAGGUGAAGCCAACCAGGAACUCAGCUCCCAGGAAGCAGCGAGGCUUUUGCGACCAGUACACAGACUGCGCUAAGGGUGACAGCUCUUUUCUAUUUCGCGCUUUCGACCAAGAAAUGGGUCAUCCGAACGAAAACAGUGACCGAUAUCGCAGGAACAGCUAUUUGUAUCAACAGGAUAACGAUUUCUACGCUGACGAUGACGGAACAUCCGCUCAGCUGAUCGAUUCCCUCUCACAGACGCUGACCCAGUUGGACGUUAUAGAAGACACCGAUUCACAAAAACAAACUAAAUCAACCAGAUCCAAUGAAAAUGCAAUUGCAUCACUGGAAAGCGACGGAGAUGAAAGAACAAUCUACCUCGAGUCGAUACCCAGAUCGGAAAGGAGUUUGACAGCAGAUGCGGUCAGAAAUGAGAGUGUCGGCUUUGAUUCAGCGUUGGCUGAAGGUGUACCCGUUUCUGAAGAGGACGAGUAAUAUUGAUUCAACUAUUCAAUUUAAAUUUCCUGGUUGGUUAGUUGGAGAAAGUAUGAUGGAAAAUAAAUUUAGAAAAUAUCUACUUUAUUUAUUAAACCAGGUUUUGAGUACUUGGGUAUUUUCCUAAAUAUUAAUGGCAUUGAAAAUUUAUCAUUAGCCUAUCUCAUUUGAAUAGAAAAUUCUUAUUCUCUGUCUUAUCCCCAAUGCAUAGGAAAUUCUUGAGAAAAACAAUCCAAAAGAAUGUGCUUGUUGACUGGAUAUAUGAGAAAUAUCACAGAAAAUUUAUUUUAUUGCUGGGAUUGAAUAAAUUCAUUAUUAUCAUGAUAUUGAAGAUAAUGGAAUAAUUUCAUUAAUAAAUGGCAUAUAAAUACUUUCAAUAAUUUGUCAUAUCUCAUUAUAUUGACCAUUGGUAGGUCUAAUCAUCAAACAAUCAUUAAUUUACCUAGUAUCAAAUUAUUGUGUAUUAUUACAAUGAAUUCAUAAUUCAUCUAUAUAUAUGCAUGUUGAGUUAUUAUUGAUAUGAUAUAAAUGAAUCUCUAGAUAAACUAUAUUUAUAAACAUAAAUUUAUAUGUCUCAUGAGCCUCAAUUCAUAAUUUAUUCAUAUCUCAAUAUUAAUACAAAAUUCAAAUUAAUUUAUUUGCCAUAAAAUAAUACAGAUUAAUAAAAUAAAUAUUCCAAAUUUGAAAAAAAUAGCACUACCGGCAAAGAAAAAUUUGUGCGCCGGCAGUAAAAUAUUAGGUGAAAUAUUUCACCUAAUAAUAUGUUUUUCUUUAAUCAUGUUUAUCCCUCUUGUCCAAUCUCAAACUACGGUGGAAGUAAGGAGAAUAGUGUGAACAACUAAUUGUUCUGAAACAAGUACCCACAAGUAGCCUAAUUGUAAUAUGAACAUCAGUAUCAGGACAGUUUCAGGAAACUAUGAAACUGUCCAGGAAAUACCUCUCAAUGAUAAUAGUUUUUUAAGAUUAACAGUGAAUGGAGGAACCCUCCCGUAGAAGCGGUGGGAACUAAAAAACAUAAAUAUAGAAGUAGGGAAAAUGAAACUAUUAAUGCAAAAAGUAAGUUUACAAAUAAUGUAGUAAUCUUCCAUCAAAACAUCCAGCACUUUGAGUCAAGAAUAUACUCCUUAAUAAUCACAUUGCUGGAAUUAAAACCGGAUAUCGGUUAGUAGUAACUGAACAUAAAUUAGAUGAAAAUGAAAUUCAAAGAAUCAAAAUACCAGGAUAUUCCUGUAUGAGUUGGUAUGUAGGAAAGUCGUUUAAGGGGGGAGGCGAUUUAAUAUUAGUAUCUGAAGAGCUAGUUGGAUGCAAAAACAUUAUGGUAAAGGCAAUAACUGUUAUUAAUGAUGAUAACAUCUUUGAAACAUGUAUGAUAGAAAUAAAAAUAGGUAAGAAAAAAUACAUUGUAGCUGGAUUGUAUAGAAUUCCUUCAGAGAAUAUAGAAGUGUUUCUUGAUAAAUUGAAUAGAUUUUUAGUAGAAAUUAGCAAAAUUAACCAGAAUGUUGUAAUCGGAGGAUUUCAAUGUGGAUGUUUUGAGGGAGGGUAAAAAGAAAUCAGAUUUUAUAAAUGUAAUGAAUAUGAAUGGAUUUAGACAUACUAUAGAAAUACCUACUAGAAUAACUGAAACUUGUAAAUCAGCAAUCGAGAAUUUCAUUACCAGUCUCUAUUAUAGUGGAAUGUUUGAUAACAGCUCUAUCAGACCACGAUGGGCAAAUUUUCCAUAUUCAAACACAAAUAAUAAGUGUGAAGGUUUAAAGACUAAAACAAUGGGUAGGAAGUUUGGGAAGUCCCAAAUUCAGCGCUUUAUAAAUGAUCUGGAUAAAUUGGAUUGGACUGAAUUUUAUCAGAGUCCUGUAGAAAACAGAUUUUCAUACUUCUACAAUUUGCUCAAAUAUUAUUUUGAUUUUCACUUUCCGUUUGGUAGAAUAGUAAGAGCGAAACAAUGUAGUAAUAAGUGGAUUGAUAAUGAGAUUGUCGACGAACAUGAAAGGCUAAUUGAAAUGCAUCAGCGAUACAGGAAAGACCAAAGUAAUAUAAAUUUAAAGAAAACUAUAAAAGCACAUAAAAAGCAUCUAAAAAGAAUUAUCCUCUAUAAAAAAGUAUUAUAUUGACUCAAUAAUAAAAAAUCAACAAAUGUAAACAGAACAGUAUGGCAAAUAGUUAACAAUGAAACAAACAAAAAGGACAAGAAAGUUAUUAAAAAUAUUGUACUUGAAGAGAAUGGUAUAGACAUAGAUGAUCCGUAUAGAAUUUCAAACAUGCUAAACAAUGAUUUUGUAGGGAUGGUUGACACUCAUGUCAUCCCUUAUCUAACCAAAAGCCUGUACAUUUAAAAGACAAUAUUAUAUAUAAACACUAACGAAUCUACAUUCCCACGGCAAGUAGAUGUACAUAAUUACAACACAAGAAAUAAAAAUAAUUUUACAAUAAAGAAACACAAUAAGGAAAAAAUAUAAACAAAGUCCAACGUACAUGGGAAUAAAAUUUAUUGGUUGUCUCCCAGGUUGCAUAAG